AUAGAAGGAUUAAGGAAAACAAAAAACUGGUUAAGGACAACGAAAGCUAGGGUGCUGCAGGCUCUCUCUCCCUCUCUCACUUUUCUCUCACUUGGUCUUCAUUUCAAAGGGUUGGUGGUGGUGAGUUGAGGUUGUGGGUUGGAAGCCGGAGGCCAUGGCAAGCUUUGCAAGCACCACGCAAAAGUGUACAGCCUGCGAAAAGACUGUGUAUCUGGUUGAUCGGUUGGCCGCCGAUUCCAGAAUUUACCACAAGGCCUGCUUCCGAUGCCACCACUGCAAGAGUACCCUCAAGCUCAUCAACUAUUGUUCAUUUGAGGGGGUUCUCUACUGCAGGCCUCACUAUGAUCAACUCUUCAAGCGAACUGGCAGCCUGGACAAGAGUUUUGAAGGAACACCAAAAGUCGUAAAGCCAGCAAGACCUUCUACGGAAAAUGAGAAUGCCAAGUCAGUCUCAAACUUGUUUGCCGGUACCAGAGAUAAAUGUGUGGGCUGUGAGAAAACUGUUUAUCCAAUUGAGAAGGUUUCCGUCAACGGGACUCCAUACCACAAGAGUUGCUUCAAAUGCAGCCAUGGAGGUUGCACCAUAAGCCCAUCCAAUUACAUUGCACAUGAAGGAAAGCUCUACUGCAAACACCACCACAUCCAACUCUUCAAGGAGAAAGGAAAUUACAGCCAGCUCGAGAACGAACACGAAAAGCUUACAAUGACUGAGCAAGCCACUCAUAUGGAGAUUGCUGCUGAAUCAUGAUCACCAUCUCUUUCUCCUUGUGUGACUUCCACCAUUUAUGUCGUUGGUAUGUCUUGUUUUGUUUCUUGAUCAUUAUUCAUGGGCACUCGGAUGUAUCGCGAGAUUGAAUGUAUUCGGGUAUGAACGGUUUGCUUUGACGGUUUUUACUGCAGCAUUUUAAAACAUUUGUCGUCGCUAUUUUUCAGUUU